AUGCGUGAAGUCAUCCACCUCCAGAUCGGUCAAUGUGCUAAUGGAAACAAAUACGUGCCUCGCGCUGUCUUAGUUGACCUUGAGCCGGGUACCAUGGACGCCGCCCGUUCCGGCGCUUUCGGUAGACUUUACAGGCCCGGCAACUUCGUCUAUGGACAAUCAGGCGCAGGAAGCAAUUGGGCUAGGGGUCAUUACACGGAUGGCGCUGAGCUUAUGGACCAGGUCAUUGAUGUUGUCCGCCGGGAGGCUGAGACCUGUGAUUCUCUGCAAGGCUUUCAAAUCACUCAUUCUCUUGGCGGUGGUACUGGAGCGGGUAUGGGUACGCUCUUGAUGUCUAAGAUUCGUGAUGACUUUCCCGAUCGGAUGAUGGCCACUUUCUCUGUUGUACCUUCUCCCAAGGUGUCAGACACUGUCGUAGAGCCUUACAAUGCUACUCUGUCAAUCCACCAGCUGGUGGAACAUGCUGAUGAAACGUUCUGCAUAGACAAUGAGGCAUUGCACGACAUCUGCAAACGUACCCUCAAGCUGCCUGAUCCAUCUUAUGGCGACCUUAACCACCUGGUCUCCACUGUCAUGUCGGGGGUUACCACUUGCUUUCGCUUCCCAGGGCAGCUCAACUCCGAUUUUCGCAAGCUCGCUGUCAACAUGAUUCCGUUUCCUCGGUUGCAUUUCUUCAUGGUUGGCUUCGCUCCACUCACCCAUCAAAAGGCGCUUUCGUUCCGCGCAGCAACCGUGCCUGAGUUGACUCGACAAAUGUUUGACCCUCAGAACAUGAUGGCGUCCUCUGACAUCCGGAAUGGACGGUACCUCACUUGCUGUGCUAUCUUCCGCGGUAAGAUAUCCAUGAGGGAGGUAGAGAACCAGAUGCAGAAUAUACAGAACAAGCACAAGAGCAGUUUUGUUGAAUGGAUACCCAACAAUAUUCAAACUGCUCUCUGCGCCAUUCCGCCCCCUGGGCUUAGAAUGUCUGCAACCUUCGUUGGCAAUUCUACGUCCAUCCAGGACGUUUUUAAGCGGGUUGGUGAUCAGUUCUCUGUUAUGUUUCAGCGCAAAGCUUUCUUGCAUUGGUACGUCAAUGAAGGGAUGGAUGAGAUGGAGUUCUCUGAAGCACAAGGCAAUAUGAACGAUCUUGUCUCUGAAUAUCAACAGUAUCAAGAUCUUCCGCAUGGUGGGGAUUAUUGA